AUGGCGACGGAGAGACUUCGGGUCCUUGUUGUUGGUUCCGGCGGCCGGGAACAUGCCCUGGCAUGGAAGCUGGCGAGGUCGCCCUCGGUCGAUGUGGUCCAUGUUGCUCCCGGUAAUGGAGGCACAGAGGCCGACAACAUUGUCAAUGUAAACAUCUCCACCGAUGACUUCACAGAGCUCGUCGCCCAUGCCCGGAAGCAUGGUCUCAACUUGGUUGUGGUUGGCCCGGAGGCGCCUCUGGUUGCGGGUAUUGAACAGUUCUUCAGAGCCGUGGGCAUCCGGUGCUUCGGCCCCAGCAAGGCUGCUGCGAGAAUGGAGGGAUCCAAGGCCUUCUCGAAAGAUUUCAUGCUGCGGCACGGAAUUCCCACGGCAGCAUUUCGCAAUUUUAGCGACUACGCGUCUGCCCGCGAAUAUCUGGACUCGGUCAAUCAUGACGUCGUGAUCAAGGCUGAUGGUCUGGCUGCUGGUAAGGGCGUCAUCAUUCCCAAGACAAAACAAGAGGCACACGAUGCUCUGAAAAUGAUAAUGGUGGACCGAGAGUUCGGCUCAGCUGGCUCACAGGUCGUGAUUGAGGAGUUCCUCGAGGGCGAGGAGUUGAGCGUGCUCUCUUUCAGUGACGGUUACACUAUUCGUUCGUUACCGCCUGCUCAAGACCACAAGCGUGUUUUUGAUGGUGACCAAGGCCCCAACACUGGAGGUAUGGGUUGCUAUGCGCCAACGAGAGUCGCUUCAAAGGAUCUCAUUGCACAGAUUGACCGGGAAAUUGUGCAGCCCACGGUCGAUUGUAUGCGCCGCGAGGGAAUGCCCUUCGUGGGCAUGCUCUUUACCGGCUUGAUGAUUACUGAAAAAGGACCCAAAGUCCUGGAAUAUAACGUCAGAGGAGGAGACCCGGAAACGCAGACCUUGCUUCCUCUCCUGAGCGACGAUACUGAUCUGGCGAAAGUCAUGCUGGCAUGUACGGAACAUUGGCUGGAUGGGGUUGAACUCAAGAUUGAAUCCAGGUUUGCGGCUACCGUAGUGGCAUCUGCGGAAGGCUACCCUGGCACCUACGCCAAAAACAGACCCAUCUUGAUCCAUCAAACAACUCCGGAUGAUACAUUCAUCUUUCACGCCGGCACAGCCAAAGACGGAAAGCAAAUUAUCUCGACCGGAGGCCGGGUCAUCUGUUCCACUUCGACUGCGGAGACGUUGGAAGAGGCGGUGGCCAAGGCGUACAAAGGAAUGGACUGCAUCAAGUUCAACGGGAUGCAUUAUAGAAAAGAUAUCGGUCACCGGGCAUUCAAGCGCAAGGCACAGGAUAAAGGCCCAGAAGCGGCUGUGAUGACCUAUGCCUCAGCGGGAGUCUCCAUCGACGCAGGAAACAGCCUCGUGUCGAGGAUCAAGCCUGCAGUGAAGGCGACCGCGCGUCCCGGGGCUGAGGCUGUCAUCGGAGGCUUUGGCGGCGCCUUCGACCUCGCCAAAGCUGGCUACCACGAAAAGUCUCCAAUCGUUAUUGGAGCUAUUGACGGAGUCGGCACAAAACUCAAAAUUGCCCACGCGAUGAAUGUCCACGACACCGUUGGCAUCGACUUGGUGGCGAUGAACGUGAACGAUCUUGUUGUGCAAGGAGCAGAGCCGCUUAUGUUCCUCGACUGCUACACUUGCAGUAUCCUCGACGUUGACAUCGCGAGUGACUUUAUUCGCGGCGUCUGCGAGGGCUGCAAGAUUGCCAACUGCGCUCUGGUUGGGGGGGAGACGGCUGAAAUGCCAGGUCUGUUGAGUGGAACCGAAUACGACGCCGUUGGUGCCGCUUUGGGCGCAAUCGACACACCGGCUGGGAAGAGAAUAUUGCCUGACACAGAAAGUAUGGUUGAAGGUGAUGUUCUCCUUGGUCUGGCCUCGAGUGGAGUCCAUUCGAAUGGUUUCUCCCUGGUCCGCCGUAUCAUCGAGAAGAUGCAUCACUCCUUCUCAGACAGUGCACCGUGGAAUCCCGAAACAACAGUAGGCAGAUCACUGCUCACGCCGACCCGCAUCUAUGUGGUUUCACUGUUGCAAGCCGUCAAGCGAGACUUGGUGAAAGGAAUGGCACACAUCACUGGAGGCGGGCUCUUGGAAAACGUUCCCAGAAUGCUUCCCAACCAUCUUGCCGCAGAGAUCGACGUAUCCACCUGGGGCCGUCCUGAUGUGUUCAAGUGGCUUCAAAAAGCGGGAAAUGUCAGCAACGAGGAGAUGAGCCGGACUUUCAACAAUGGGGUAGGCAUGGUCCUGGUUGUAUCUGAUAUUGCCUCAGGUGAGGUGGUCAAAAUCCUCGAAAGCCAGGGCGAAACCGUCUACAAGAUCGGUAAGCUGGUGGAGAGACAACAAGGAGAGGAGGCUUGCAUCCUACAGAACCUCGACUCAUGGGGACCUUCCUAG